AUGCCCGUUCAAAAGCUUCAAGUCGGCAUGGCCGGCCUUGGUCGUGUUGGCAAGCUCCAUGCCAUCAACUUCCUCCAAAAGACCCCUCGCGCUGAGCUUGUCGCGGCCUUCACCCCCGAUGCCGGGGAAAUUGCCUGGGGAAGAGUGAACCUGGAGCCCCACGGUGUGACUCUGUACACCGACUACGAUGAGAUGCUCAAGCAUCCCGGUCUGCAGGCUGUCGCUAUUGGCACGGCUACCUCUGUUCAUGCGGAAGAAGCUAUCAAGGCCAUUGAGUCAGAUCUUCAUGUGCUCUGCGAAAAGCCCCUGUCCACGGACGUCCAAGUGUGCCGAGACGUGGUCAAUGCCGCUAAGAAGAAGCCUCACUUGAAGGUGAUGUGCGGUUUCUCCCGACGUUUCGACGACUCGUACCGCGAUGCCUAUUCGAAGAUGGAGCAGGGCCUCAUCGGACGUCCAGCCAUUAUCCGCAGUCAGACCUGCGACAAAUUCGACCCUUCCGGCUUCUACGUCGAUUACGCUGCCUGGUCUGGUGGUGUGUUUGUCGACAUGUCAGUCCACGACAUUGAUCUCAGUCUCUGGUUCUUCGGAGAUGAAAUUCUUCCCAAGAGCAUCUCCGCCCAUGGUAUCACCGCCGUGCAGCCAGAGCUCAAGAAAUACAACGACUACGACAAUGCCGUGGGCAUUGUGGAAUUCUGGAACGGCAAGAUCGCGUACUACUACUGCUCGCGGAUGAUGGCCGCCGGUCAAGAAGACACCACUGAGAUCAUUGGCACCGAGGGCAAGUUGACUGUCAACGGAAACCCACAGCGCAACUUUGUGAACCUCUACCACAACGGUGGCAUCACCCGCGAAAUUCCCCACAACUUCAUGGGUCGUUUCAGUCCUGCUUUCGUGCAGGAGGCGAACGACUUCACUGCUGCCUGUCUGGACAACACACCUCUUCCCAUGAAGCUGACCAACGCUGUCAAGGCGGUUGAGAUUGGUUCUUACCUCCAGGAGGCCCUGGUUUCAGGAAAGCAGAUCCAUUUCGAUGAGAUUGGUCGACGCAUCGAGAAGGCCCAGCUGUAG